AUGACGCUAAAGGAGGAGUUUCAGACAAGAAAUUUCACUAACCAUCCUUGUCCAGGCAUUUACGCGCAAUGGCUUGGAAUUCUAUCCAUGAUUCUCUGCGUUGCGCUUGGCAUUGCCAACAUCUUUACCAUUCACCCCCUCAAGAUCAUCUUCUGCGCCUUUGCCCUGGCCUCGGCGCUCUUCAUCCUCUUCAUCGAGGUGCCCUUCCUUCUGCGCAUCUGCCCCACGUCUGGCAAGUUUGACGCUUUUGUCCGCAAGAUUACCACCAACUACCUGCGCGCCGCCGCCUACGGCGUCAUGUCCGCCAUUCAAUGGAUCAGCCUCACAACCGAUACCAGCACCCUCAUCGUCCUCGCCGUGUUCCUGAUGCUCACAGCCCUGUGCUACCUCCUUGCCGCCAUUCGCGGUCAGGCCUUCAUCGGCAGCAAGACGCUCGGCGGCGCCGGUGUCGCCCAGAUGAUCAUCUAA